GGCUCUCGGCGCUCCCUGCACAUCACAGUGCCCGCUCUGUGCCACCCGCUGUCCCCAGCUGUCACAGGGUGCAGCCGGGUGCCGCUCAUGGCGCUCCCUGAUUCCGGGGUUGAGCUCUGGAUUCAUCCUCAGGUCUGAUUUGAACCUUUGUCAUUGUGCUUUUAAUUGCCCUGGGAGCAGCGGGCGGUGGGAGGCAGCAGGGGAUGCGGUGGCUGCAGAGAGACGAGGCAAAGCUGAGGCCGGCGCAGCUCAGGAUAUUGAUGGUGGGAUUCUGUCCCCAGCAGGGUUGGAGCUGGAGGAGAGCAGCAAGGGGAGCAAGAAACUGGACGCCAUGACGCUGAUCAAGGAAGACAUGUCCAUCUUCGGCCACUGCCCGGCGCACGAUGAGUUCUACCUCGUGGUUUGCAACCACUGCAGCCAGGUGGUGAAGCCUCAGGCCUUCCAGAAGCACUGCGAACGGCGUCACGGCCCGCUCAGCAAGCUGUACGCCAAGUGCCACGCCAUCAACGGGCAGCCGGCGGGCAAAGCGCUGCGGGACAAAGGACAGGGAGCGCGCAGCAGGGCUCAGCCGCUGCCAGAGAAAGCACAGAAGGACAACAACCUCUGCUUGUUCAUGCCGGUGGUGAACCUGGAGAAGAUCCCCAGCCUCCCCAAGCCGGAGGGGCUCAAAGCAGCCCCUAAAACCCCCCCCAAAGCGUCCGCUGCACCACCUGCCUCCAGCCCCACUGAGCCCCCGGGGAGGCCCUCCUCCACGCCGCCUCCACUGCCCAAAGAGCCCCCAGGGGCCGGGGGGGACCCACCACCACCAACUGCCAGCCCUGUGCUCAAAGCAGGGGGGGAGAAGGAGCCGGGGGUCUGCAGGCCACCCCCCAGGGCCCACAAGAAGCUGACGCGGAAGGAGUGCGACCUGAACCGGCAGUGCGGCGUGCUGAACCCCGACACCAAGAAGGUUUGCACCCGCCUGCUCACCUGCAAGAUCCACUCGGUGCACCAGCGGCGCGAGGUGCAGGGCCGCGCCAAGGACUUUGAUGUGCUGGUGGCCGAGCUGAAGGCCAGCUCCCGCCGUGAAGCCCCGAAGGAGAAAAGCCCCCCCAGGAAGGACCCCCCCGGCUCUGAACCGCCCGCCCCCCCCGCGCUGCCGCAGCCCCCCGCCGCCCCUCCCGGCUCAUCGCCCUGCCGCCCCAGACCCCCCCACGUCCACUGCCCGCCCCCCAGGGCUCGGCUUCCCUCCGACAGCGACCCCGAGGAGGGGGAUGGGGGGCUCUUCCCCUUCCCCCUGCCCAAGGAGGGGGGCAGUCGGGGGUCCAGCGAGGACAGCGAGGAGGAGGGGGCUGCUGAGGACGCCCACCGCCCCGACUGCCACUACGCCGCCCGCCCACCGCGGCCUCAAGCGUUCUGCACCUUCGGGAGCCGCUUGGUCAGCCCUGGCUGCUACGUCUUUAACCGGAGGCUCGACCGCUUCUGCUCGGCGCUGAGCUCCAUGCUGGAGCGGCACCUCAGCUCACACAUGUGGAGGUAA